GAGGACAGUUGGCCAUCAGGGGCGCACUGCGGCCCAGGAAGCGGUGCCCAGGAACAGAACAUGACGACGGAACCUGCCACAAGGCUACAGGACAGCCGAGGCCUGUGGAAGAGCCGCUAUACGCUGGCGCUUCUGUGCAUGCUGGGACUUGCUGUAAAAUACGCGAUACGCGUCAACAUCUCCGUGGCCAUUGUGGACAUGGUCAACCAGACGGCCCUGCAAGAAAGCGGCGGCAACGACAGCGACUACGUGGCUGACGACCCACUGGCGUGUCCAGGAGAGCUGGCUGCGGAAGGCGCUGGGUCACGCAAGGAGGGCUACUUUGUGUGGGACAAGCAUAAGCAAGGAGAGAUCCUGGCGGCCUUCUACUAUGGCUACACGGUGGGACACCUCCCCGGUGGCGUGCUUGCCGACCGUUUCGGAGGCAAACUCAUAUUCGGGAUCGGCAUCUUCCUCUCGUCUCUGCUGACCGUCCUGACACCGGCUUCCGCGUGGGCCGGUGACCACAUUCUUUUCGUCAACAGGUUAGGCGUUGGACUCUUUCAGGGCGGUAUUGUACCGACGGUACAGACUCUCAUAUGCAGCUGGGCCCCUGACCACGAAAGAAGCAGGUUCUCAAUAGUGUUCUUGGGCAUGUACUGGGGCAUCGUGGCAUCUAUGGCGGCGACGGGCGCGUUGUGCGAGACGGCGCCGGGCUGGCCGCUGGCGUUCUACGUGUUCGGCGGCCUGGGGCUGCUGUGGUGCGUGCCCUGGUACCUGCUGGUCGCGGACUCGCCGGCGCGACACCCGCGCAUAGACCCGGCCGAGCGCCGCUACAUCCAGGCCAGCAUCGUGUCGAGCGCCAGGAAGAAACUGCCUGUGCCCUGGAGGAGUGUUAUAUCCACGCCGGCUGUCUGGGCCAUGGUCGCCUUCCUGAUCACGUUUGACUGGAGUUUCUACCUGCUCAUAACUUCGCUGCCGCUCUACCUCGCCAACAUCAUGCACUUCGACAUGCACAGCAACGGGCUCCUGUCCGCCAUACCUCACAUCACCGGUGGAGUCGGCAGUCUAUUGUUUGGAUGGCUAGCUGACUUUGUGUUCCGGAAGGGCUACGUAUCCAAAAUCACCGGUUUCCGCCUAAUAAAUGCAAUAGGUUUGCUGGUCCCGGCGGCGGCUCUGGUGGUGGUGGCGCUGGUGGGCUGCGACACGGCAGUCAUUGUGGCGAUGCUGGCGCUCAGCGGGUUCUGCAUGGCCACCAACUGCUCCGGCUUCUACAUGAACAUGCAGGCCAUAGCGCCCAACUACGCCGGCACGAUAGUGGGAGUCGUCAACACCUUCGGCAACUUGUCAGGCAUCAUCGUUCCUUACGUCGUCGGUGCAUUCACCAACGCCAACCAAACGCGGUCUGCUUGGAACGCGGUGUUCUACCUGUCGGCGGCACUGUCAGCAGCUGGGUAUGUCGUCUACGCCGUGUUCACCACAGCCGAGGAGCAGCCAUGGAAUAGUUGUCCCUCAGGAAAACAAUCCAAAGCAAAGAGCGUGGGGUCCGCUGACACAGCAGCCAUUGAAGAUGAGGUCGUGGAAGAGAGUGGGCGUAAAUCCCUUGACUUUUAGCCAUCGAUAUCUUCAGAACAUUCUAAUGUGUCACGAGCGGGCUGAACGAAGGUAAUAAUGACACAAUCGACGUGGAUGUUGUCUGGAGAUGGACUCUCCAAAUGUGUGGGUUGUUGCACUUAAUUGCUAGGCACUAGGUGGUGUCUGCAAAGAGAAAAGUUGUCAAUUUCCUAUGAAGUACUUGUUUUUUCCUAUGAAUGUAUUAAACAUGCAGUUUUUAAGAUUGUGACAACUAAUGGGCAAAAUUUUCAAAUUUAAACUCACGUUUCCGGGCUGUCGUUGAGAGAAGGCACGGAUGUAAAUCCGUUAAGCCGUGUCUUGCAUCACACCUGAAUAUAAUCAACGUUUCGUUACUUUGCGAACUGUAUAUUUUGACAGUUCACAUAAAGGAGUCAUGUUUAAGCCAAAUAUAGUAUCCUAGAGUUCCCUAUGUAGACUGUCUCCUGAUUUGAUGCACAUCUUAGUCAAGUUUCUAUUUUAUUCCAUGGAUGACAUUUGAUGCUCAGGCAAAUGUUUUAAUAUUUCUUUGUUACUUAUUGCUACACGCAAUCGCUGACCACAGUGUUCACGUAUUCUUCAUGCCUCAACAAGUCUUAUUCAUGUGGCAUAUAAUCAAUAAAUUUUGGCCAUCCUGAUCACCUGUUAACUCGUUAAUACGACCACAUGUUAUUCACAAAUCAUGUAGAAAUUCUAUAGCGAUUAAUUAUUCAGUAACAAGCAUUCAUGUCCAGUUUCCUUAUGGAUACAGGUGUGUUAACGUUCGAUCCAGAUGUGGUGGGUUUUUAUAUUAAAUACUGAAGAGACUUCAACACCAGAAAUUAACGGUCAGAGGGAAAAGAGCUAAUGCCAAAAUUUCCUGGUACUCUGUUACUGGACUGAUGCCCUGCAUCAACGCCACAUCUUUACACAGUGUCAUACUGAAUGAAGGCAAGUGACAUUGUUGAUGAUGAUACGGCUGUCACAUCGUAACUUCAAGUUGUUUCUUUUCUCUCUGCAGUCAUGGGCUGUGCGGCUGGUCCCGGCGGAGGUUCGAGUCCUCCUUCGGGCAUGGGUGUGCGUGUUUGUCCUUAGGAUAAUUUAGGUUAAGUAGGGUGUAAGCUUAGGGACUGAUGACCUUAGAAGUUACGUCCCAUAAGAUUUCACACACAGUUGAACAUUUGUUCCUUUCUUCUACUGGAAACGACAAUGCACCCAACCAGGGGCGGAUCCAGGAUCUCGAUCAGGGGGAGGAGGGGGGAAAAUUUUUUGGCACCUGCCUACCAAAAAAUUAAUUCCAAAUAAAACCACGAAUACUCUAUAAUUCUGUUUUUAGUUUAAUUGUGUGUCGCUAUGUGUUAAGUGUGUUUAAUGAAAUAACUUACUGCAUUACCUAAAAAAUAUUCUUCAAAUACGACACGUGCACUUGAAAAACUCUGUGUUUGUCUGCUAAUGUAAAAUAAUCUAUAAAAAUGCUAAUGUUCAUUUGUUUCCAUUCUUAAAUCUUCGAGAUUAGUUCACCAAUUUCUUUCAUUUGACAAAAUGUUCCCAUCGAAUUCGCGCAUGUGUUUAUACGCAGCAAUGACGAUACGACUGCGAAAAGUUAUAAUAGGAUAUUGACUGCGUUCAGGAAAUCAUCUUAUAUUGUUAAUUACGUCAUUUUACGCUCUUAAUAAGCUUUUUUCCUCAUGAAUGUAAAUAUUAAUAAAAGAAAUUUCUUUCUUUCUUCUUGUAAAAAAAGAAAUAAAAUAAAAAUGCAAAAGUAUAAAUAAAA